AUGGCCAAAGAGAAGCGAAAUCAUACCUGGUCUGCUUUAUUGGCCGCUUAUGAGGAGGGAUACGACCGCGUGGUCAAGCUAUUGCUCGAUCAGGGGAAUCCUUUCAAGGGCAUGGAGAUCGAAUGA